GCCUCUUUCUUCAUUUUCCAGUUGUAUUUUGCUUUCCUUUCUUCUUCUUCUGAACAGAAAUCAUCUGAUGAGAUAAAAAAACUGCAACAAUAUGAUUGGUAAAUUCUCCAUGAUUCCUUGUAUUUAAGUCUCUGAUGAUUUCUAUUCCAUUUUUUAUUUUUUUUUGGAAUUUGGAGAUGUGAGGAAUGCUUAUUUGGUCCGUGUUUCUGAACAAACCCUGACUGAUACUCUUUACCAAACUCUGAUCUCCUCCACAGUUUUGACUAAAUAUUUGCAAUUUCAUUAUUUCUUUAUGUUUUAAUCUUUGAUCCAAGUAUUUUCAAAAUGGUUUUCGUAUUUUUACUUUUAUUCCUGCACUUCUGCUGUGAUGAUUUAUGAAGAAAAUUCACAUGUCAGACUUCAGAGAUUUUCUAUGAGAACAACAACUCAUGAUUCCUGAGCAGAAGUAAAUUACGGACUUUUCCGACUGUUGAGGUAUUAGAAUUUCAUUUCGUGGAGAAAAGGUCCUCCUCAACUCGCAGCUCUAUGUUAGAGCACGAAAGUAAAAUUAUAAUUAAUAUUUACAAGUAAAAAUGAAUGUGAAUAUUUAACAAUUGAAUUAGAAAAAAUGGGAAAGCUGUUUCCUGUUCAUAAAGUUCUUCCAGCCUCCAGGCUCCUACUGAACCUUUGUAUCAGGUAAGUGGUGACAGCUGACAGAUGAAAUGAUGAAAGACAUUUGGCUUUAUGGGGGUAUUUCCUCACCCUAAAAGCAAGUGAAUCACGCAUUUAUGCGUAUACCAUGGACAAUUGGCGUUUCCCUUUUCAAUUUUUUACCGGUGAAUUUCUUAGUUUUAAAGAUUCUCAAUCUUGAAUCUUGAAGUGGAAUCAAAGAAACCUCCAAUGAAAAUGGUAUAAAGUGCAGUAUUGCAGCCAAACCAAUGCCAGUAGAAUGAUGUUACCCGAGAAAUUUGUGGCUUCAUUUCUUGCCCUUGUAUGCCUCUUCAUCUCAUCAGGCAAUUUACAGGUGCAAGCGUGCACGUUCUAUGUGAGUAACAAAUGCCCCUUUCCGAUUUGGCCUGCCACUGCCCCGAACCAAGGACACCCCGUCAUUGCCAAUGGAGGAUUCUACCUCCCACCUGGAAAAAUCAGAAAAUUCCAGGCCCCAGGGAAUUGGACAGGCCGAAUUUGGGCACGCACAGGUUGCAAUUUUGACUCUACAAACCACAAGCCUACCUGUGAAACAGGGGACUGUGAUGGAAAACUUGAGUGCAACGGGGCCAUAGGCCUCCCUCCAGCCACAUUAGUUGAGUUCACGUUGCAGGUUGACAAGAAGAAACCGAAUUUUUAUGAUGUCAGUCUUGUGGACGGCUACAAUCUGCCCGUCCACGUCUGGACGAAGGCCUCUGACACAAAAUGUCAAAUUGGGGGCUGCUCGAAAGAUUUGAAGGCUACAUGCCCAACGGAGCUCCAGGUCCUGAAUGGCCAAGGGGAAAUCGUGGCGUGCAAAAGUGCAUGUUUGGCAUUCAAUCUCGACUCGUUUUGUUGUAGGAAUGCGUACGGUAGCCCGGAGAAGUGCAAGCCUAGCGUGUAUUCGCAGCUGUUCAAGGAUGCUUGUCCCUCUUAUUUUAGCUAUGCCUUUCAAACGCCUCCUCCAUUGGCUAGUUGUGCUUCGGAUGAGUAUGUUAUCACUUUCUGUCCAGAAAGAUGGGGUAUCAGUCAUAUGUCUGAUUAGAUUGCUUGUUCGUUGACGGAAUAAAUAAAGAGGAUUGUUCGCCUACACAACAACAAUUUCCUCGGAGACAAGUCCAUAACCAAAAUAUAACGUUGGACUAUUGUAUAUUUUAAA